AUGAAGGACAGGUUUAAGACAUUUAUGCGGUUUAUAUCACUGCUAAGAGUGGAGCCCUUUAUGAUAAUAUUGGCGUUCAGUUCGUACUUCCGUCGGACACCACUGGAAGUCCUAAUUCAAGACAAACUGUGCAGAAAUCGGUAUAAUAUGUCGGAAGAGUUUUGUCUGGAGUUGGCGUACAUGAGUGAUGUGGAAACGGGUCACGAAAUUAAGACACAGAUACUGUCCGAUGCGGUCAAAUACAACAUGUACCACACGUGGAUCACAAUGGCCCCGGGCAUUAUGUGGUCCAUAUUUUUGGGACCCUGGAUUGAUAAAUACAUCAAUGGACGCAAAGCUAUAUUCAUAAUCGGAUCCAUAACUCAGGCCUUAGAGGCGGCUAUGAAUGCCAUUAUGUCAUACUUUUUCACUACAAAUGUAAAUUGGAUUCUGGUAUCAUUCAUACCGUACACAUUGUCCGGGUCCAUGACAUACACCACGGCCUACUCGUAUGUGGCGGUCACCACUCCCACCAAAUACCGCACAAUACGUAUGACAGCACUGGAAGUGUUAGUCGCUAUCGCACAACCACUAGGAGUGUACACAUCGGGUAAACUCAUAAACAACACACCGUUGGGAGGGAACGGACAGCUCCACAACUAUGGCCUCAUAUUCUCGAUCAGCAGUUUCGGUGCAUUCGUGGCCUUCCUUUGGGCCGUAUUUGUCAUAAACCAGGAAAACGACAAAAACCUAUUCAGACAACACUUCGGCGACUGUAAAGGCCUUCUGGACCAUCAAAACGGCGACCAAAGCAGUGAAUACAACGCCAACACUGAAUACAUUCAUCCCUUAAGACUGUUAUUCAAUAUAAAUAAUGUCAGAGAGAUUGCCAUCACUUUCGCCAAAAAGCGGCCCAACUAUGUGAGGGCACAGAUAUGGCUGGCCAUAGGCGGCAUGUUUUGGUGCUACUUCAUAUGGACAGCACCGGCAGCUUUCCUGUUCCAGUUUGUCGAGAAGAUCUACCACUGGGACGCACCGGUAUAUACGGAGCUCAGCUCCAUUGGCAUGAUUGCCAACUCUGUGGUCAUUAUAUUCAUUACACCGCUACUCAUAAAGGUGUUCAAAUUAAAUGACAUGAUUUUGGCGAUAAUCGGCUUUUUCGGCUCAUUCAUGCAACUGAUUGUGUUGGCGCUAAUCCGGACCCCAAUGGGCUAUUUCAUAGGACUGGUGGUGAACUGUACGGCCAGUUUGGGUCCCAUUGGAUAUAAGACUCAUUUGUCGAAAAUAGUGGAGCCGUCAGAGUUGGGCAAAGUAUUCACGUUAAUGGCGGUCAUCGACGGUUUCGCACCGAUUAUGGCCGCCUCAGUAUUCACUGUCAUAUUCGAGAACACCAUCGAUACGAGCCCCGGGAUCUCGUUUCUCAUAUUAGCCGCCAUUGCCGUUAUUCCUAUACUAAUCGCUAUGAUUAUAGACAUUGUGGACGGACUGGUGUUUGACACUAACAUUAAGAAAAUUCAGUUCAAUAUUGAGUGCAAUAGUAAUAGUAAUAAUAACAAUGGAGACAAUUAUGCUAAUUAUGAUAGUAUUAUGAGUCCGCACGGGACUCGCGAUAAACGGCUGUCCACUUACUGUCAAAAUAAAGGAAAUCGAGUGGCAAAAGUGAAGUACACUUACUUUGAAUCGCAAACUACCGGUGAUAGCGGUUCUGAAUCGGUCGCCACAACUGAUAAUACGAUGAGCGCCACCGACACCGACAGCUAUUGCAUAACCAUUGACACCACAAGUGAUUUCAACAUGUACGUAAACUGUACUCUGGGUGCUGUCAGUACAGUGCAGGUGAACAUAUAA